UAGGGAGUAGGGGGGGAAUGUUUUUUUUUUUAAUGGCUGUCAGUUUUUUGUUUACAUUUUCGUACAAUUUCGACAACUGCAGAGAAUUCGGUGCUUGGGGGCAUAUAUAUGUAAAUAGUAUCAGAUUAAUUUAUUUGUUAAUCGAUAUCUGUACUGUUUUUGUCUACUUUUUUGGAGUUCUCUGGAAAUGUUUCACUGCAGUUCUGCUUCAUAAAUAUAUAUUGCUUGUUUUUUUGCGUUACUCGAGAGGAAUGAAUAGCCAAUACUAACCUGUUUGCCUCUUUAUGGAGCCAUAAUUUGCGAUAAAUAAACAUUUUUGAUCAGAUAAAAAUUGUACCAGAUGGUGCGGAGGGCAGAAUAAAUGCGCUCAGCACUAAGUGUUAUACUGUCGAGUCCAGUGCCCGACAAUAAAAUGUCUCAUCCUGAUUACGAGCAAACGGCUCAUGAUCAUGCGACUAUUUUAAUAUUGCUCAAGCCACUUUGUGCACAGAUUAAGCAAAAAACCAUAGCCAGAGUGUGCGAGAGAAUUGUGAAAUGUGGCAGCAGAUUUACAGUUGUUGAUUCAACAAACAAAACUCGCGAGAUACUUGCUAGAUUUGUCAGGGAACAUCCUGUGGAAAACAAUGAUUGGGGAGACUUUCAGACUCAUAGAAGAUUACUGGGUCUUGUGACUAUUGGCAAGUAUGAAAAUCAAACAGAACUGAACGAAUUGUGCAGGCUCCACGAAACCCUCAAAGUUAAGUAUGUCCAAACGCUGUAUGACUCAAGAGCAAUUUUAUUUGGACCAACUGCAUCAGAAAAUUUGAAUGAGCCACCGACACCAUUUACAACACCACACAAUUUCAAAACAAUAGGCAUAUUUUAUAAUGACGAAUCGUGUUUGGAUUUAGAAUCACAGAUGCUGGAAUGCUUUAAUUCUAUUUUCUUCAUCUUAGAAUCUAAAAGACUGGAGCGUUCCAGGGAAAAAAUCGAUAGGGUAGCCUUGCUUCAAGCACCGUUUGAAAAAAAAGACUUUAUUGGCCUAGACUUGGAGUCGAGAAAUAACCGAAAGAGAUGCGUGGGUCGCGCGACAAAGCACCUGGGUGACAUGUGCCUUCAAGCUGGUCUAGCUGUUGAUGCUUUAAAUAAUUACAAUUCAGCAGCUGUCACUUUACAAGCUGUUAAUGACUGGUUGUGGCUUGGAGCGGCUUAUGAGGGGCUAUGCGCUGUGUCGGCUUUUACUUUGUAUCCCAAUAUGUGUCGAAGUCUUCCAUUGCAGAGAAAUUCAUCUUUACAGGAGGGUAGUCCUGGAAAGCAAAGACGAGGAUCGCAGGCAACUACUGCUCUACCUACUCCACCAACAUUAGAAACUGUAAAAGCUACUAUGCCUCAUAUUUUACCCCCUGAAGAAAUUUGCAAGAAAUAUCGGGAGGCUAUUGUGCAUUACAGUAAAUAUCAAAAUGCUGGUAUUGUUGAGACUGAAGCUAGCUUCAAGGCUACUAGGAUUUCUAUUGAACAAAAUUGCACUCUGCAAGCUGCAUCGUUUCUGAGUAAUGUGUUGUUUAAUCACAUGAACAUUAGUGAACAAGAGAAGAUUGAUCGUUUUACUACUUUAGCAGAGCUAUACUCUUCUUUCGGAUACACAAGGAAAGCUUCGUUUUGUUUGAGACACGCUGCUUCGCGACACGUCUCGCAAUACAAUCCAAACCCUGACUGGCACCAGUGCUAUAACUUGUUAUUACAAGCUACAUCUGGUUUCAAGUUAUCCCUAGAUCCAGUGGAAAUGACUUUUGAAAACAGAAUAGGUUGGCCGUCAAUUCAAAUUCACUUGAUUAACGAAUUAGUAGCAGCAGCAAAUCGCAUGGGUAAUCCAGCCUUAGCCACCAGACACCUAACGUUUCUUUUGCAGAUAAUGUACAACUAUCUAACGCCAGUAGAAAGGAGGGAAGCGGCCUUACAGUUGCAAGCUGUUUCUCAACAAUGCGAGGGUUCACCUGUCCCUUUUGUAUUAGACUCGGGGAUCGUAAUACCACCGGCUAAUCUCACAAAUAUUCCACGAACUAAAUCAUUCUCUUUGAAGAACCUGCAGCCGCACUUGCAACCUCAGAAAAUCGAACGCGUUAAAGAGGAUCACGGUCCAUUUCUUUUCACGCCCAUAAAUUUUGGCUCUCUCGAACGCAAGACGACCUCCAAAAGCAAAGUCGAUUACCUAUGGGUCGACGGAGACAUAUGCGAAGUAUCAAUGCAACUGAUCAAUCCGUUGCCCUUUGAGCUGCAUGUAUCAAACAUGCGCCUAUUGACCAACGGUGUCGUAUUCGAAUCCAUUCCAGAAUCAGUUACUCUGCCAGCUGAAUCCGGAGCAAUCGCAGUCACACUAGUUGGUACACCAAGAGAAGUGGGCGAGCUCGAAGUGCUGGGAUUCAGCACUCAUUGUCUUGGAGUAAAAUCAAACUGUAGGCUGAGGCACAUGGAAGCAAUGCCGCACCCAACUUACACGGUUGAGGUGGUACCUGCUUUGCCCAAAAUUAAUGUAGAGACAAGUUUACCUAGAACGGCGAGUUUUAGCUCUGGUGAGAAUAUUGUUACAAGUGCUAGUAUUUCUUUGUAUGGUGGAGAAAGUGCUGAGUGUACGAUAACAAUAACAAAUGUGAGUCAAGUGCCAAUUGAAACAGUAGAAAUAUCAGUGCAAUCGACUUUAGAUAACUUGACAGAAUCUAACGUAUUUAAAUGGAGCGAUGAAAAUCUGUUAACGCAGCUACCCCUGCAGCCUCAGGCCAGUGCCAGUAUUACUCUGUACAUGUAUGCUGCUGUAGAUUUCGUAAUACCACAAGCUCAUGCAGCCAGUAGCACAUAUCAUAGUCAACCAAAUAGUUUGAUUUCUCACUCUGGACCAAGUUCCUUACCAUCGCGAUUAAGUACUAUGUCUUAUCACACGAAAAGGCAGUCGGAAUUGACUGCGUCAUUCCGUUCGGGUACAAGCUCGAAUUCAUCAAAUUCCUUAGGAAGCACACGCCUAUCCAAAUUGGCAGUGCCUUUGCAUGCUUCUAAUGUUGUUGAGGGUCAGCUGAAAAUCAAGUACUCAGGUAGCGCUGGAUUGGCUGCGGGUUACUGCAGAAUGUCUUCAGUUUUUAUUACCAUAGAGAUGCUUCCUAGUGUACAGAUCACAAGCUGGGAUGUUUUGCCGGCAGAAACGCCUACCCAAUUUUAUUUGGUUUUGGAUAUUACCAAUAUGACAAACUAUGAGAUGGAAUUGUAUUAUACGCAAAGUAAAAGUAUUUCCAUGGAAGGUCGAGAAUCUUGCAGAAUACCUAUUCCCGUAGAUAGAUGUCCACUGAAUAAGUUAUCCAUGGCAAACUCGAAUGCCGGAAACAACGAUGAUUUGCAGAAGAUUUGUGCUGAGCAUAUAGCGUCAUUAGCUGAGCUAAAGUGGCAAUUAUUAGGAACGGAAUCGAAAGGCAGAGCAACUUUGUCCGGACUAACUUUGACCCAGGAUAUGUUGGAUCUUGUGAGGAUGAGUCCAUUACAAUGGGAUGUCACGAUCAACGAUAUAGUGUUGAAAGCGCAGGAUGAAGUAAUAUGUAGCCUGGGAGAAUGCGUCAGUGUUGGAGUCGGCGUAUCCAACGCAUUGGAAAACCCGUUGAAGCAUUUAAUUUUGUCUGUAAAUCUUUACCAAGAUCAUCAUAAUGGCGUGAACAAUUACAGGCUCGACACGAGAGUUUCCAUAGCGGGAGCAAAUAAAGUUAUGCUUCCAACUUUGCGAGAAUCUGGCAGAGCGUAUCACGAGUGCCGCAUAGUAUUUCUCACUGCUGGCCAGUAUAAGGUAGAUAUUCAAUGCUGCAGCCGCGAACCAGCUUUGGAUGCUUCAACGAUUUGCUCGGAUCUCGGUAAUGCUGGGCAUACGUGGCGCUACAUACCGCCCAUCGAAAUAAAAGUGGAGGAUUAUUGAAACAAAAUUUAUUCUUUCUACGCGCUUGUAUUUGUUUAUAAGUAUUUAAAAAAUGAAUAGUAU